AAAAAGCAACUUUAAAAUUGAAAAAUGUAUCCUUAAGUUUUAUAAUUUACACACUCUAACAAGAUACUAUUCUUCGUAUUUUGUCGAUAUAGAUAUAGAAUAGAUCCUUAUAGUAAAGUGUUACUAUAAUUUCAACAGUCGUGCUUCAUAACUAUCUACACAAAGGCCACAGUAUUGAAAUUACAUAAAUAUUUAUGUUGUAUUUUGCACUGUAUAAGAACAGCAGACCCUUCUCUGCAGCUCCAACGACUGACACAGCACGGAAAACUAUCGGCGUGGAUUUUUGACGGAAACAGAUAACAGUUCCAGCAACUAUCGGUGCCGAUUAAUCGACGGUAGACCUCUACAAAUAAUUCCUUUAUUCAGAAAGAAAUCGUCUCUAUUAUGAACGUGUCGUGUCACACGUGCGUGUCCGUCUGACGUUGUUUUGGAGCAGGGCGCAGGAGUCUCCGAUGCACUUUCAUACUCCACCCCUACUCCGUACAAUUACUCCACCUCCUCAGCCGCUCCUGCCCCUUACCCACGAGUUGUCCACGCGCUCUGUGCGGGCUCUCAUUGGCCUGGGUGGACGCAAACAGCCCGUGUGUCCUAUGAGAGAGACGCGAGUGGGGAGAUCCACGAGGAGCAUGUGGCUCUCCAGCACUGAUGCCCAUGUGUGUCCAGCUCGCAUCAUCAGCGCAGCGGCCGUGUGAACUAUAUAACCACCCGCUCCCACUCGGUGUUUACUGACAGACCAGAGUCACCAACAAAACGACCAAAACAUCUAGUAAUAAUCAAAUUCAGUUACAUUAAACAGGAAUAUAAUACGACGUUUAGCGGCGCUAUCGGAAUCCACGUUCGCACAAUUACUAAAACGGCAACAUGGGUGUGCUAACAAAGAAACCCAAGACCUUCGAGGUUCAGUUUAGGGACCCGAACAAGAGGGCGUACAGCGGGGGAGAUAAAGUGGCGGGGCAGGUGAUUGUGGAGGUGGCGGAGGUGGUGCAGGUCUCCGCCGUUAAACUGCUCGGAGUCGGAUGCGCCAAGGUCGAUUACAAUAAAGGAAAGAUGCACUGCAGGGAUGAGAUCGAGUACCUGAAAUAUGAAGACGUUCUUCACCUCGAUCGUCAGCCAACAGAUACAGAUGGCUCCAUCACUCUCAGGCCUGGAAACAGAUACGAGUUCAUGUUCGGGUUCGAACUUCCACAGGCAGGAUCACUAGUUUCCUCCUAUGUGGGAAAGUUUGGCUCAGUCCAAUACUACGUGAAGGCCAUCAUAGAGAAAUCAGGCCAUCAGUAUGCAGAAUGCAAGCGAUGUUUCGAGGUGGAGGAACCCAUUGACGUCAACACCCAAGAGCUCAUGGCCCCAGUUACAGGAGCGAAGCAGAAGAAAGUCACCUGCAUGUUUAUUCCCGAUGGCAGCGUGUCUGUGGCGGCUCACAUAGGCCGGAAGGGUUACUGUGAAGGGGAAGACAUAUGCAUCGAUGCUCAGUUUGAGAACUCCUGCUCUCGGAUCGUCGUUCCUAAAGCCGCCAUCAUUGCUAAGCACAUCUACCGGGCGAACGGCCGCAUCAAAGAGUUUCAUGAGAAGCUCACUUCUGUUAGGGGAGACCACAUCAUCUCUGGCAUGUGUGACGUGUGGCAGGGGAGAGUGCUUCGUGUGCCAAAGAUGAAGCCAACCAUCCUGGGCUGUGACAUUAUCCACGUUGAUUAUUGUCUGAGGAUCUACUUGCAUAUCCCAGGAAGUGAGAAGCUCAUCCUAGAUCUUCCUCUGGUCAUCGGGACAAUCCCCUACAACGGCAUGAACAGUCGCACCAGCAGCAUGAGCAGCCAAACCGGCAGUGGCACCUCCAGCACCUGCUUGUCACUUCCGUCUUCUCCACCCAGCUACAGCGAGAUCUCCCGGGACAACCGCAUGGACAGUUCCUUCAUCCCUCUCCUGGAUGAUUACGACGAGGAUGACAGUCCUAUAUUCAUGCGCAUUCAUGCACUCCCCCCUCCCCCAGCAUACACCGAGCAAAACUAAGACUGCAUGGGAAGUGGGAGUUCUCCUUCAGAACAUGCUCUAACAGAAGAUCAAAUGCGGGGAGAUUCAGAUUUCGGAACGACGCGGCUGAAGGACCAUGCAUACUUUACUUCAGAGUUGCGGACUAUGAAAUGCUAUGUCACGCGAGGAACUGGUUGAUCGCACGUCGGUGAAGUCGUCUGAUGCUGAGCUGUUUCGCUGACGUAAGAACCCACCUCUUGAAAAUGACCGUGGAUGUCUUCGUGUUUAAUUCUGAAGAAUCCUCAGCAUCUGAGAGUUUUUAUAUUUACGAUUUUGCCAUAUUGGUACAAUAUUCUGUCUGCACUUAUUUCAAAUUGGAAAGUGUUUGCGGUAGAAAAGCCUUCGGGUUAGAGGGACAAUAUUUUUGUAAUGUACAAAAAUGUGAUGCAUUUUUUGAGCGGAAACAAUUAUGUAUCAUUUUGAGUUGUUUGCUGAGCUGUUGGUUUGCUGUUAAGUCUAGUAUUACAGUCUUUCCUAUCAGCAUGUGUAUUUCUAAUUUAAUAUUGAAAUUAGAUUAUGCAUAUAUAGUAAUUAUAUAGUUCGUUUUUAAUAAUAUAUAAUUGAGUAUUACUGUUAAGUUAAUCUCCUUUUAAAUUGGAAAUUGAUUAUGUGCUUUUCAUACUCUUGAUUUUUUUUUUAUUUGAACUUUUUUUAUUUGAACUUUUAAUAAAAUUGAAUCAACUGUCAUUUGUAUGAGAUCUAUCUGUCUGUCUGUCUACUGAAUCUGUCUGUAUUUUGCAUAUCUAUAAUGCGUGUCAAGGAACUAAUAAAAUGCCUCGAAAGCAA